GGGAACUCCGGCCAGCCAGAGGGAGUGACACCUCUGUAUUCUGUCCACUCCCUCCCUUUCCACCCAUCCUCACCCUCCUCUCACGUGCUCGCAGGCAGUUAGGCAGAAGUGAUCCCUGGGACCGUGCUGAAGCCCGUCGAGGUUAAAGGUAAAAACAAAUCAGGCAGAGUCGCAGCCCUACAACUGUUCCCUUGCAGAAGCUGAGUGCAGAGGUGUGGAAAGAUGAACGGACCGGUGGAUGGCUUGUGCGACCAUUCCCUAAGUGACGAAGGAGCCUUCAUGUUCACAUCAGAAUCUGUAGGAGAGGGACAUCCGGAUAAGAUCUGUGACCAGAUCAGCGAUGCCGUGCUCGAUGCCCAUCUCAAGCAAGACCCCAACGCCAAAGUGGCCUGCGAGACCGUGUGCAAGACGGGCAUGGUGCUGCUGUGCGGGGAGAUCACCUCCGUGGCCAUGGUGGACUACCAGCGAGUAGUGAGAGACGCCAUCAAGCACAUUGGCUACGAUGACUCUGCCAAGGGCUUUGACUUCAAGACCUGCAACGUGCUGGUGGCUUUGGAGCAGCAGUCCCCAGACAUCGCCCAGUGCGUCCACCUGGACAGAAAUGAAGAGGACGUUGGUGCAGGAGACCAGGGUCUGAUGUUCGGCUAUGCCACUGACGAGACAGAGGAGUGCAUGCCCCUUACCAUCAUCCUGGCGCACAGACUCAACGCCCGGAUGGCGGAUCUGCGGCGCACCGGCGUCCUGCCCUGGCUCAGGCCCGACUCUAAGACCCAGGUGACAGUUCAGUACGUGCAGGACAACGGUGCGGUCAUCCCUGUGCGCAUCCACACCAUCGUCAUCUCCGUGCAGCACGAUGAAGACGUAACCCUGGAGGACAUGCGUAGGGCCCUGAAGGAGCAGGUGAUCAAGGCCGUGGUGCCCGCCAAGUACCUGGAUGAAGACACUAUUUACCACCUGCAGCCCAGCGGGCGGUUCGUCAUUGGAGGUCCCCAGGGGGAUGCAGGCGUCACUGGCCGUAAGAUCAUUGUGGACACCUAUGGCGGCUGGGGAGCUCACGGUGGAGGGGCCUUCUCGGGGAAGGACUACACCAAGGUGGACCGCUCAGCGGCUUAUGCUGCCCGCUGGGUAGCCAAGUCCCUGGUGAAAGCAGGGCUCUGCCGCAGAGUUCUCGUCCAGGUUUCCUACGCCAUCGGUGUGGCUGAGCCGCUGUCCAUUUCCCUCUUCACCUACGGGACCUCUCAGAAGACAGAGCAAGAGCUGCUGGAUGUGGUGAACAAGAACUUCGACCUCCGGCCAGGAGUGAUCGUCAGGGAUCUGGAUUUGAAGAAGCCCAUCUACCAGAAGACGGCAUGCUACGGCCACUUUGGGAGGAGCGAGUUCCCCUGGGAAGUCCCCAAGAAGCUUGUGUUUUAGAGCUGGGGGCGGCCAGGCCCGGUCUGGGCCCAGACGCAUCCAGGGCGCCGUGCUCCCCUCUCCAGGAUCCACCCCCCCCCAGAUCCCCCCAGUGCCUCCUCCCAGGAUGUGCCUUGUUCACCCGCCUUCACCUUCCCCGGGGCCCAUUAAAUUCCACGCUGUCCUGUUGUGGCCAUGAGGGACAGGAGGCAGGUGACUUCCUGGUGUCAGCCCAGGACAGUCGCCAUGUCCCCCACCUCUCCCUCAGGCCAGGCCACGGUCCAUUCAGCGGUCAAACCACCCCUCUCAGGAGGAGAUUCCCCCUCUCACCUCCUGCUCGGGCCAGGACACCGACCAGCUCCUCCUCCCUCCCCUGGCGCAUGCCCAGGUUGGUGCGGGGGAGCUGGGCAUCCCCUUCACGCCUGUGGCCGGUGCCUCUGAGCCAAAGUUUGGUGCACAGCCCCUCCCAGGCCCGGCGUCUGGCAGAGACAGGACAGGGCCAAAGUCUGCUAAGCAUUCACAGCGCGCAGGGCCCCUGACACAUUACUGAUCGCAUUUCUUCACGGCAACAGGCUGAGGCAGCACUUUCACUGUCCCUGUUUGUAAAUGAGGGAAACUGAGGCACAGAGCAACUGGGUAACUCUCACAAGGUCCCACGGCCACAGGUAUCAGAGGCCAGACAUGAACCAGGGCAGGAGCCCGCGUGCCCCCUCUUCUGCCAGAAACAGGCGUGAGCUGUAACACACACAGUGAGAUGAGGCUGUGGACUCUGUCCUGAAGGCCUGGGGUUGCUGGGAGUCAUGGGAUUAACCUGGCGGCUCUCAGGGAACCCUGGGCCAUGGUCACGGUCUCCGGCCGUGAGCCGGAGGACCUUUCCGUGGGCCACAUUUGUCCUGCAAGGUGGUUCAGGGCGAGCUGGGCAUCCUGGCCCGGGAGGCUGGGCUAGGGCUGGGGAUGAGCAGCAGUGGCCUACAGUCCCAGCCCUGUGGCCACCCAGAGACAUGCAGGGCUGGGAUUUUGGAACUUUGGUGGAGGUACUCCAAGUCAAGUUCAGUCACACCUGGGCCUCCUGGAGCAGGGACAGUAACUCUUCAUAGCACAGGCAGCCGGCACUUUAGACAAGGGAUUGGAAUCCCGGGUCCUUCGUCCUUUCUCUUUCUUUGGCUCCUUGUACCACAUGGAGGGUGAAUCUCUUGGGAUAAGUGGGCAGGUCCCUUGGAUGCCCCUUCCAGGGUCCUCCGGCCCAGAUCCGUAGUGUUAAAUAGUGCCCAGGUGCUGGGCUCGCCUCCUGGUGGCAGACGCGCUGGCAGAGGUGGCACGAGGACAUUCUGCCCCGCCAGCUGGCUUUUGAGGGGCACAUCUGCUCCCGGAUCCUGAGUGGUCCUUGGCAUCUGAGGCUCUCGGAAGCUGUACGCACCCCUGCCUUCCCACCCCUAGCCAGUGCCACCUACGGCUCCUGUUCCCCAGCCCGGGCCCCUCACGACAGCAUCUCUACCUUGUCCCCAGCUCCCAGGACCAAAGGCUCAGACUGGGAGGGCCAGGGGCUCCAGGAGUGCACUGGGGAUGGAGCUGCUCUCCGUGGCUCACGGGGCUGAUUCUGGCUGGGAGAGGCAGCCCGGAAAGCCUGAUUUUGGGAGCAGGCAGCGUCCCUCUGUGCCUUGGCCUUUAUGACAACUGCCCUAGGCUUUCUCUGUCCAUCAGAGAAAACACUCUUCACGGUGGCAAAGCAAGCCCGAGUUGCCGUGACACCCAGAUCUUGGUUGUGACAUGAGUGCUUGGAUCUGUCCACGGGGCUCUUGGCUGCUAGGAGACUUCAAACUCCUUCCAGCAGAGGGAGUGAUGGGUUUGCAGGUGGCCGAGUUCCUGUAACUUGGGCCAUAUUGGAAGUGAAAAUUUGGAAUUUUAUACUUUCCCUACCCCCUAGAGAGAAACAAGGUCUUUUUUGGUCACCACCGUUUAUAUGAAACUAAAGCCUUUUUGUUGUUAAUUUCUGCUGGAAUAGUGAAUAAAAACUCAAGGAGCCA